AUGUACGGCAGCGCUCGCUCCGUUGCCAAGAUGGAGGGCAACAACGCAGCAGCCAGAGUCCCGGUCGUUCCCGUGCCUGCCCCGCUCCCCGCACUCGGCCACCGUCGCACCAACAGUACAGGAGGUCCCGGGGGAAAGACCCUCUCCAUGGAGAACAUCCAGUCUCUGAAUGCGGCCUACGCCACCUCCGGACCCAUGUACCUCAGUGACAACGAGGUCAUCUCUCAACAGACCCAGGCCUAUCCCAACCCCAACCACGACCCCGGCCUGCCCAAGAGCACCAUGACCCUGGGUCGCUCCGGAGCAAAGCUCCCUUACGGCGUCCGGACCACCGCCAUGGGCUCCAGCCCCAACAUCAGCCAGGGAGGUGGAGGCUCGUCCGUGCCCAGCGACAGCAUCGCGUUUGGGUGUGACCACGUGUCGUCGUCCCAGUCCAGCCUCCAGCAGGCGUCCACGGUGCCCCACUCCUUACGCCAAACCAGAGACAGCACCAUCAUGGACCUCCAGACCCAGCUUAAGGAGGUGCUGAGGGAGAACGAGCUCCUCCGGAGGGACGUGGAUGUGAAGGAGAGCAAGCUGAGCUCUUCCAUGAACUCCAUCAAGACCUUCUGGAGCCCCGAGCUGAAGAAAGAGAGAGCCCUGAGGAAGGAUGAGGUGUCCAAGAUCUCCGUCUGGAAGGAGCAGUACAGAGUGGUGCAGGAUGAGACUCAGGUAAGAGACUGGAGUCACUGGGAGUACAUGUAGUUACAAUGGAAGGAGUGAGAGGUCAUUCAGGCAGGAUGCAGAGACUUUCUUGGAAGUUGGAAGGUUGGUCCAAAGGGCACAGGAUGACUCCAACCAUUGGAUCAGUUCUUGGUGGUUUUGCACGGCGUUGUAACCCUGGUCAUAGGUGAAGAGGUCAGAGUGAGUUGCAUAAGCUGUUAGUGCUGUUGUUGUCUCUGUCUCUUACAUAUUUAGCUCAGUGAGCCAGAGAUCUGCCUUCGGCCUCUGAUCUUUACCUUCUGGCUGUGUGUGUGUGUGUGUGUGUGUGAGCGUGUGACGUCUGUCAGUGAGCAGCUGGUUCGCCUGUCUGCUGAGUUGGAUAAAUCUGGGGUCUGUCUGUGCAGAUUUGAACCUACAAAGCUUUAUCACAACCUCUUAGUGUGAAACACAAUGUUGAGAUGGUAUCCUAAUUCUGUAUACGACUGGAGCUCAGAAACCAGGUGUGACUUCCAGUCCUACCUGUCCUGUAUCCCAUCUACCUGUCAUCUAACUCAGAAACCAGGUGUGACUUCCAGUCCUACCUGUCCUGUAUCCCGUCUAACCUGUCAUCAGAUCAAAAGCCCACAGUACUUAGUCUUCCCUGAUGCCAAAAAGCAGUUCUUCUUAGAAAGGCUUUAGUUGUAGAUUUAUCUGACUAGUUUUCUCCUGUUGUUGUAAUGGCUGCUGUUCAGUGGGGCACCAUGAUGGUGAUGAUGCACCACGAUGAACCUGGUAAUUGGACUUAAAAUGCUUCUGUGUUUAUUUAGACCUGUAAGAAUAGAGAGGUGCGGGAGAGGGGAGAGAAAUCUAGCAUGAAGCUGUAACGUUUCAUAACAUACAAGCUGAGAUAUUGGUGGGGUGAUGAUGAUGAUGAGGAUGCUGCCAAAUAGUGGAGACCGAGAGAGUCUUUCACAACUACACACAAACGCACGCACAAACACACACACACACAAACACACACACAAACACGCACGCACACACAACACACAGCUGUCAGAACCACACCCCAUUGUGAAAUCAGUGAAGAAAUUGCAGCAGAAAUCACAGCACGUCCUGGAAGGCCACAUGUUUUAGAGCAGAAAUAGCUGUAGUGUAUUCAGAUGGCCUGUCAGCCAGACGGACACUGUAGUGUCCUAGUAACCUCUCAGUGGGCUGUUACAGUCACCCCACUGUGUCCUAGUAACCUCUCAGUGGGCUGUUACAGUCACCCCACUGUGUCCUAGUAACCUCUCAGUGGGCUGUUACAGUCACCCCACUGUGUCCUAGUAACCUCUCAGUGGGCUGUGACAGUCACCCCACUGUGUCCUAGUAACCUCUCAGUGGGCUGUUACAGUCACCCCACUGUGUCCUAAAAGCAUCUCAGGAACAGAGUGUGGGCUUCUUGAUGUGUGUGUGAGUGAGUGACACCAACCAUCCUCUCUUAUCCCAGGAGAUGACUCAAGCUCCAGGAACACUUUGAGCCAGAGACGGAGAGAGAGAGAAAGAGAGAGAGAGAGAGAGAGAGAGAGAGAGGGGGGGGCAGGAAAGAGAGAGAGAGAGAAAGAGAUAAAACUGGCUCCAUCCUUUCACUACCACCCCACUUUUCACAGGCUGUUCACAGGCUUUUCACAGGCAAUUCCUCACAGCUUUUAUAUCCCCCUCUUCUCUCCUCUUCUCCUCUCAGAUGGAGCGAUAGAACAUGUAAUGGAAAAUAUGUUAAUGGUGGAGGGGAGCUAGAGCAUGUUAUUAUUGGAGA